AUGAAUAUUGAAGAGCUGAAGGAUUCUAUAUAGAAGUUAGGGUCGCAAUCACAGGAGUAAGAUAAAAUACAUUAUUAAAGUUGCCAGAAGGAAUUGGAGAUAGUAUGGUAAUAGAUCUAACAUUAAGUGGGUUUGGAUUUGAUAUAUCAAAGUGGAAAGGCAGUGAUUGAAUUGAGAUCGUAGGCAACUGGUUGGAAAUAAGCAAAUAAAAUCUUGUCGCAUAUAGUGAAGGUGUGUUUAAAUAAUAAGGAAUAAUUAAAGGCAUGGGAAACAUUGAAGAUUGUGAUGGAUCCAGACAAGCAAAUAUAUAAAUGCCAUGAGUUGCAUUAGAUUGAUGUAAAUUAGUUUUCACAUCAUGAAUUCACAUAAUAUGAGUUUUGUGCAGAAUUGCAAGAAGGUUAAUAAGUGGAUGCAUUGUAUGAAGAUGAGAAGGGAAAUGUGAUAGGUUGGUGCAGAGCGACGAUUGACAAGUUGAAUGAGAAAUUUGUGUGGGUCAAAUGGCAUGAGAAUGACGAUAAGAGGAAGAUAGUCAGAUACUCCAUGGAUUUGGCACCAUUCAAAAGCAAAGUCACUGAUGAAGAGUGGCAAUGGAGACAUUCCUUGUAACCUGGAGACCUAAUUGAUUGUUUUGAAAACAGACAUUGGCAGAAUGCAACUAUUAUUGCAGCCUUGAAGGAUGAAGAGGUCGAGUAUAUUGUAGGCUUUAGAGUGUAUGAUGAGAAGGGCAAUCUCUAUGAUUCGAUGGGCAAGAGAUACAUCGGUUGGAAUUCUCAAAACGACGAAAGGAUUCGAGCAGUUAAUCCCAGAAUCCAAAAGAGAAAUACUUUUUCUAAAGGUCAAUAUCCUAAUCCUUAUUGUCAGGAGGAUAUAAUUAUGGAUUGCAACGAUUUCUUAUACCCAGACACCCACUAUGCCAUACCUCGCUUUACUACCAAGCAAACUGGUCGUUCGAUCGUUCUUACUUAGAUGAUCAACGAUUUUGGGACUUAAGGGUUAUUUCAUUAUAUUUUAGAAUAAAUCUAAGCUAAAUGUACAAUAGACUUCCUUCACUUUUAUAUGCAGGUUCUAAAUAACAUCCAUGAAAUGUUGAAUAAAUAAUUCGUUACUAGUUAUGUUCCAACUCUGGAGAUCGCUGUUUAAAAUAAUAUUCUAUAAUCUCCAGAUAACAAUCUGCGUAAUUUCUCUGCUUAGAAAAUAACAGACAUUUUGUAAUCAUUAGCAAAUUUGUUGAAAAGAGUCUACACCUUAUAAAGAAGAUAAGAAAUCAUUGAUAAAUUUGAUUUCGAUAUAGCAUUUAAAUGUUUCACCAGUGAUUUCUUGGAGAGAAAAAUCCAAGGACUCAAGGCAAUUCAGGAAUUGAUUAAGCGAACCAAAGACCAAUAUAAUUAAUAUGGAAUUCAAGAAUACUAGAAACAGGCUGCUAUCUAAACGAUAUUGGAAUGGUUGAAUGAAAAGAAGAUAUUUGAAUCAUUAUAUGUUGGAUCAGGUAAUUCCCAUCUUGUUUAGAGAAGUGGAGAAUUCUUUAAAUUUCUUGUUGAGGAAAAGAUGAUCGGAAUACAGAAUCUAAAGGAGAUCUUGAGUAGUUUAGAUAAAGCAGAAUAUGAACAUAAACUAGCCAUUCAUAAGUUGUUCAAGGAUGUAUCUAAUUCUCUGGACAAAGAGUGGCUGGAUUUCUUAACUGAUGAAAUUUGCAACAAAGAUCCAAAAGAAGUGAGCAAAGAUGAUUUGGAUUUAUUAUUAGAUAUUGUCAAAUCAAAUCAUAAGUAUAAAGAAGAUUACAUUUAAAAAUGUUGCAAUUGCUAUUGGAAUGUCUUAAAGGAUGGACAAUUGAAUUAAACUCUUUUUGAGUAGUAUCUAGCACAGUAUAUUGAAUAAGUGACUUCUUUUGAAAUGAGACCACAUAAGGGAGGACAAGUUAACAUGAUUGGAGAAAGCAUUGUAAAAUUGUAAUCCCCUCUUAUUGGGUUGAAAGUACUAACUAAAUUAAUUGAAAAGUUGGACAUCACAGUUGCUGUCUGGGAAUAAUAUACUCGUAACACAGCUUUGACUGAUUUACAAUAGAACUAUUAAAUCAUAGAAGACGUUAUCUUUUAAAUUAAAAAUGCCAAAUAGUAAAAUGAAAACUUUGAAGAAAUCAAAGUGAGGAUGAACUUUAUAUAGAUUUUUUAUUAGAACAUCACUACAUAUGAUUAUCGAUUACAAUUCAAAGUUAUAUCUACUCUAUGGGAAUUAUUGGUUUGCAAAUCUGACUGCUAAUAAGAGAAAGAACUAGUUUAUAAAUGGUUUAAUGCAUUAAAUAAUUUGGAUGGACAGUCUUAAUUGGCAUCAAUGGUUACAAGCUAAGAAUUAAAGAAGUUUUUUAGUGAGAAGAUGACAGCUGAUCUUGCUCACUUGACUGAAGAAGGAUUUAAUUGUUUAAAGACUGUUUUAUUGACAAUUAAUAAAAGUGAGUCCUUUGGAAUUGAUGUCUUAUGGUAAAUAAUACUAGAAGGAGAGAAUGAGAAGGUCUCAUAGAUGGCGAUUGAAUAUUGUCAUUUAUUUGAAUCAAGUGUGGAUAGAUUGUUUCAAAAAAUAUAGGAAAAUAGGGAAUCAAAUUAAAAGUUGCUCAGAUGUUUAUUAGUAUUAGAAGAUUUCAUAGAUUAAAGUGAAGUAAAUGGAGUUGGAAACUUAAAGAGUUUGAAUGCUCUCUCUUAAGGAGAAGAAUUGUUAAUUUAAAUUUAGUAUGAUAAUAGUCAGCAAAGAAGAUUUACAAUUCAAAUUAAUGAUAAUCAAACUAUUGUUGAAUUGAGAGUAGCAAUCAGCAAGGUGAUUAAGAUAUAAUGGGAUGCUUUAGGUUUGAAUAGUCUAAAAGGGGAAAUUAAGUUUACAGAGAAUGGAAAGAUGAUCAAGGAUCUGAGAUUAAAGAAAGAUGAGAUAAUUAUAGUUUUUAAAAAGUAAAUUAAGGAAGUCCCAGAAGCUCAACUAUUAGAAGGGGAUAACCUAUCCGAAUAGGCUAAGGUUGUAUUUACUGAAAUCUUCAGCGAAUAUUCAACCGAUGGCAAAAUGACGAAAGAGGAUUGCACUAGAUUUGUAACUGGAUGCACUGGUAAUCCAUGCAGUAUUGAUGAUGCUAACAUUCAAAGAACAUUUGAGUAAUAUGAUAAAGACAAAGAUCAAAUCUUAACUUUAUAGGAUUUCUUUGAGUUUUAUACAGAUUCAGCUAGAACUAAGAAAUCAACUGUUUGGUUGAAUUUGCAAACAUUACACUAUAGAAAUGAUCUAAUAAGAGGUGAUAGAGUGCCUUUGCCUCAAAUCAAUCCCUAGUAAUUACCAAGAGGUUAGAUAGUGUAAAAUUAGGAAUAUUUAGAUUUGCUAUUUGAAUUCCUCUCAAGUUCUAGUAUUGAUGUGUAAGAAAAAACUUGGUAUUUAUUGAGAAGAUUGCCACCUUCACCUUAAUUGAUCAAAUAAAUGUUAACAUUUGAAAAUAUUACUAAACCAACAGAUUGGGAUUCAAUUUUAGUGAGCAACCAUUAUAGAUUGCUAUACAGUUUGUAUAUUAUAGAAUUUCUGAUGAAUCAAUAGGAUUCGAAUAAUUUACAAGCUCUGAUAGAGGAUCAAGAUAUCCUAAAUUUAAAAGAUAAAUGGAUGAGUAAAUUCUUGUAAUAUGGCGGUUUCGAUAGAUUAUUAUAGUUCUUCAAAGAAUAUCAGGACAAGAGUGUUAGUACUUUAUCAUAAAUUGAAAAAGAGAUCUUAUCAUUUUUAUUAAACACAUUCUAAAAUUAUGUGAUUGCUGCUUGUGCUGUUCAGAUUCCAAAUUUAUUUAAGGCUUCAAGAGGAAUUCAAAUAAUUAGACCAUUAGAUCAAGUGCUAUUAGAUAUAAGAUAAUCUGAAGAGCCCAAGGAAUUUUAAUUGUUGGUUUAAAAGUUGAAGGAAAGUAGAUUAGGGGAUAACAUAAUAGAAAAGAUAGAGAACUUCAUCUCUGUUCUAAUCAAUCUGAUAUAGGAAUUGUUAAAAUGUAAUGAAUUGGAAUAGGAGGAUAGAUAAAUUAUCGAACAUAGCAUAAUAAUUAUAAUAGUAAUCCUGUUACAUAAUCAAGAAUUGUUAGUGAAAAGUAUUGAAAACAUCGAAUUUAUUAACAUAUUUUUCAGUGGCAUCUUUACUGGUAAUUCUGAUACUUUGCGUAAUCUGUUUAGUAGAGCCAUUCUUGUACUUUGUCAUGAAAGUUAAAAGAAAAACAAUUAACCAACAAGAAUCAUUUUACAAUAGUUGAUAGCCAUGGAAAAUUCUCAGGGUAGUUCUGCUCAAUAUUAUGAAUUAUUGAGUCAGUUAAUAGAUAGUGCAUUUGAAUCUGAAGAAUCCUAACAAUUCAUUGAUUAUUAAUAACUCAGUUAAUAAGUAUUGCAGAAUUUAAUGAAUUAUUAAAGUUAGGAAACUAGAUCCAAAAAUACUUCAACUGACAAAAUAUUGGUUGGCUUAUUGAAUCUCUUGACCAAACUAUAUAGAUUCAUUAAGCAACCAAUUGUUGACAUUAUCUUCAAUGAUUGUUUAUUUAGUAUGCAAGAAGAGAAGGAGAUCAAAUGCAAGUCUGCUGAUAGUAGAAAAGUAGCAUUUAACCUACUCAAUAAAUUAGCUUAGUAAUAGAACAUGAAUACCAUCAUAGCAAACCUCUAAUUGUUAAGUUAGAAAAUACCAAAUAUCAAUAGAUGGAACUAUAUACCUACAAGUGAAAUCAGAAGUACUCUGGGCUAUUGUGGUAUAAAAAAUCUAAGAUGCAUUUGUUACAUGAAUGCAAUGUUACAACAAUUUUAUAUGAUAAAACCCUUUAGAUAUGGUAUACUACAGGCUAAUGAUCAAAAAGAGGUAGACUUACAAAUUAGUAAGACAGGAUUUACUUAUGAUGAUAAUGUGCUACAUCAAUUGCAAUAAAUGUUUAGUUAUUUAGAACUAUCAGAUCGCGUUGAUUAUAAUCCUUAAGAGUUUUGUGCAGCUUUUAAAGAUUAUGCUGGUGAGCCAGUCAACAUAUUUAUAUAAUAAGAUGCAUAAGAAUUUUUAAAUAUGAUAUUUGAUAAAUUGGAGAAUAUGUUAAAGGAAACCGUCUAUAAAAACAUUAUGGAUGGAGUAUUUGGUGGAAAGACUUGCACAUAGAUUUAAUGUCAAAAUUGUAAAGCAACAAAAUCAAAGGAUGAAAUAUUUUACAAUUUAUCUUUACCGAUCAAGAAUUUAAAGAAUUUGUAGGAGUGUUUUGAUAAAUUUGUUUAAGGAGAGAUUAUUUCAGAUUUCAAAUGUGAAAGUUGUAAUUAGAAAGUGGAUGUGAACAAAUGUUAACUUUUGGCUCAAUUACCAAAUAUAUUGAUUUUGCAUCUUUAGAGAAUUGUAUUUAAUUUGGACACUUUUAUGAAUGAGAAGAUUAAUACAAGAUUGGAAUUCCCAAUUAAUUUAGAUUUGCAAUAAUACACGAUUAACAAGGAUUAAUGCACAUCAUAUAAAUUAGUUGGAGUAGUUGUUCAUGUUGGUACUGCAGAUGUUGGACAUUAUUUCAGUUACAUAGAUAUCAAAAAUCAGGAUUAAUGGUUAGAGUUUAAUGAUCAUAAAAUAAAAGAAUUUAAAUUGAAGUAGAUGCAAUAAGAAUGUUUUGGUGGAUCAGGUAAUAUGGAUUAUAAUGAGAAUGACGUAUGGGGAUCAGGAUUUAGAGAGAAUUCUUAAAGUGCUUACAUGCUUGUCUAUGAAAAGGUUUAGAAAGAUCAAAUAUCUCUUGUAUUCAAUAGUGAGCAAGAACUAUAAAAUAAUUUACACUAAUUUGAGAAUUACACAAUAGACCCCAAUUAAAAAAAUUGCCUAUUGGUUGACUAUAAUUCAUAGAAACCUUAUAUUCCAAAAGAGUAUUAAAGCAAAGUGAAUUGUGAUAAUCAACAAUUCCUAUUAGAACGUAAUCUGUUUAGUCAAGAUUUCUUGAAAUUCAUCCUAGAUGCAAGUGAAUUUGUGAAUGAAGAGAAUGCCAAUAAGAUGAUUGAUGUAUUAAUCAAGUUUAAUUAUGAUCUGUUGUCAAGAUCAUAUGAAAAUUCAUUAAUGGAGUAAUUCAAUACCAAAAUCUUACAAUUAAUUUAAUAAUAUCCAAAUAUCAAUUACCUUGAUUUGGUUUACUUUGGCAAAUUAAACAAAGUGGUGGAUUUAUUAUUAGUGUGUCCUGAGGCGAGAACACGCAAACACUUUAGCAAAUUGUUAUCAACCCUAUUUAAUUAAGCAAUCUAGAUUUAAGGAGAAAUCACAGAAAAAUUCAAUGAAGGAUUAGAUCAAUUAUUCUUGAUGAUUCAAGAUCAAGUCCCUAAGAAUUGGACUAGAUAUGAAUUUUAUUUUCAAUUUUGGUUAGACUUUUUGUAAGAAGGCAAACCCUAAUAAGAAUACUUGAAGAAGAAAAAUAUGUUCCUAUAUAUGAUAGAUUUUAUAUUAGAUAGAAGCAGUCCAUUACAAUUGUAUGAAAAAAAGGUGUAAAUGGGGAAUGCCUAUGUCGCUAUGAAUAUCCAAAUUUAAGUUUAAAUAGUAUCUACACUAUUGAACCUAGAUCAAUAAUUAAGUUUGAAUGAGAAGAAAUUAUUGUAUUAACCUAAGUUAUACGAUAAAAUACUGAAAACUAAAGUAGAUGACAUUUUACCUUUGAUAUAAAAAUUAUCUUAUAAGAACAAGUACUUCUCAGAGAUCAUUUCAGGAUGUAUUAUGCGUGGUAUGUCGAAUGGUGAGGUUGAUGAAUUCAAGAAUUAUUUAUAAGUAGCUUAAUCCUUCUUAUUGAUUGAUGACAAUCUCUAAAUUGAAAGGCUAGAAUGGUUAAUCGGCAUUCCAUCAUCCAAACAAAAGGACUCAACAAAAAUCUAUGAUAAUCAAAUAAAUGAAAUCCCAUCAUUUGGAUUGUUUGGACUAUCGAGUUUGGAAGAAGAUUACUGGACAUUUGCCAGUCCAUUAGGGUGGUCAAAUUGUUUAUUUGAUUAUUUCUGUUCUCACAGAGGAAUCAAAAAUUAUGAUACCCAAUGUUUAUUAAUACUCAAGUGUCUCCUUCAAAUAAGUGUCUAAAAUCAAACAUGCUUCAACUACAUUUCCAAUCUGCCAUGCGUUAAUUAUCAAUACAAAUAUAAUGAAGACAUCUUCAAGACCUUUAUAGACAUUUACAUUUUAGAUACUAAGCGAUUCUAUUCAUUGAAUAAUCGUAAAUAGGAAUCUGAAGAAACUAAACUUCUACUUGAAGAAUACCUAAAAAAAUUAGAGUAGACACGUGACCCCUCUAAACCAUAGUAUGAUUAUAUCAUUGGAAAAUCUGUUGAAGUCAUUAAAAAAACUAAGCUGUUUUAUCUAUUCAAUCCUGUUACUAAAGAGGAAUUAACAGUUAACGAAGAAUCUUCAAACUUUAAAUAAAUCAAAUAACAAAUUGAUGAUGGAUCACUUCAAAAAAUUAUAACUUUAGAAGAAAAAGUCUUCAUUACACAUGUUUGUGACAAUCUACCAACUGGGUAAACAAAUGAAGCCUUGCCUGAAUAAUAUGUAAAGGGAACCUAAAUACAUCAUUUUUCAGUUGAUCCAAAUUCAGAAGCAGCUAAUUUCAUAUAAUCUAAAGCUUGGAAUGUUGAGAGCAAUGAUAAAGCAGUAGUAUCUAAUCCAAGAUAGGCUGAAACUGUGAGGUAGAUAUAAUUGCAGAAUAAUACAAAUCGAAAUCUCCAAGUAAUCCUUGAAAUCAAAGGACCGUAAAAUGCUUGUCAUUACAUUCCUACUUCUAAAAUUUAAUCCCUCAUGAAUCCAAAAAUUAUUGCUACAAUGCUUACAACUAUCAAGAUGAAAAGCCAAGAUGAAUUUCCAAAGUUAGAUUUAUUUUUGUAAUACAAAAAACAAGAACCUAAGUCAGAAUCUUAUCUGUAUAUAUCAGAUUAAAAUGAAAUGAAUUUGGAGUUGUUAUGA